GCUUUUCUUCAGGCGAAGAGCUCCAGGUGGUAACUUCCGUUUCCGGUUGGCUCCGGCUGGAAGGUUGAAUAUUGCGUGUCCUGAGAGGUCAGGUUGCUGUCAGAAAUGGGCCCUGGACAUGGACGUGGACAUGGUCAUAGUAAAGUUGAACUUCCAGAUUAUAGACAGUGGAAAAUAGAAGGGACACCAUUAGAAGCUAUUCAGAAGAAUCUGGCUCUACAAGGACUAAGGGAUCCAUGGGCCCGCAACGAAGCUUGGAGAUACAUGGGUGGCUUUGCAAACAACUAUUCCUUUCUUGGUGUAAUGUUCAAAGGUUUCAAGUGGGGAUUUGCUGCAUUUUUGAUAGCAGCAGGGGCUGAAUAUGUGUUUGAAUCUCAGGAUAACAACAAGGGCCACUAAAAAUAGUACAUGGAAGUAUCUUAUGACUUCAUAACUCUCAUAAAAAUAUUUCCUCACUGUAGCCUACUUGUCUCUGUAAUAGUUCCUUAAUAAAGUAGUAAAAACAUGCAA